AGGUUAGAGGGUCAACACUGAGAGUUAUAAGCUUAGAGUCCAUUAGUGGAUUAUAACCAUAAACACUCCAGGUCUCCUGCAUCUCUCUUGGAUUAAAGCGAGAGAGACAGAGUGAGAGAGAUCAGCUGAGAGAAUGAGAGUGCAUGGAGAGUGAUUGAAUUGAGCAAAUUCAAAGCUGAACACAGGACUCGGGGCACGUACGUGGAGAAAUAAACGCUUGGCGACGACCUGAAGCAAAGUCGGAGCGGUGAUUUGGUUUGUCAUAUUUAAGAUAUACACUUUAUCACCUGACUACGAUACUGAACUGUGCGAGGAAGUAUGAACGUGGACAUCGAGGGGAUAAUCCAGUGCAUCAAGCAGGGAGAUGAGAAUGGUGUUCAGAUAAGGCUGCAGGAGUUCAACAAAGAGUAUGCCCAGUGCUUCUUCUUUGACACAGACGAGAGGGAAAGACGGAGACAAAGGCGACUAGAAGAGUUCAGGAAGAAUAAAGUGAGGGACUACACUGAUUCUGACUCUGACUUGGAUGAGUACGACCUGGAGGAUCGAGGACUCAUCCUCAGACAGAAUUUAGGUGUUGUCCUUGUGAGGUUCAUAAGGACUGAAGUCAAAUGUCACCUGUUGAGAGUAUGCCUACGCACCCUGAGGAUCCUGUCCCGGGACCAAAAAGUCUUGGGGCCUUUGGUGACCGACAGCGCUCUCCUGACUCUGGCCAAACUAGCCGGGCUGACCACAAGUGACAUCAGUGACGAAGUCAGCGACCCCGACUCUGAUUUCUACGAUAACAUCAUUUCCUCUCUCACCGAAACCAAAGUGCUGCAGGGUCACACUAAUGAGGAUGAAGCUGAAGCUGAAGCUGAAACUAACGACCAAAACGACGAGCCGCCGGCUUUCGACGAGGAUGCCAAAAGUGACAUCAGCAUCACCAACAGUGGCGAUUUGGACAGCAUCAGCUGGUUUGGGAGCCACAGGACGAGCAUCAACGAACUGCACAGAGGUGGGACGCAUCACAGGGUCCUGGAGCGAGGGAGGAGGGACCGCAGGGAGAGCAAGAUGGAUGUGGAGGAAGAGGUGGAGGAGGUGGAGUCCGGAGAGGAGGCCAAGAGAAAAGAGGCCAUGAAGGUGUUGUGUAACGUGGUGUACAACAGCGCCUGGGCACAGGAAAGGUUCAGUGCUCUCAGGCUCAUGUGUGGUCUCAUAGAGCGCGUAUCCUCCAGUGUCAGCUGGUCGAAUCCCUCUAGUGCUCAGUUUUAUGAACUGCGCUUCAUGUUCCUGAUGACUGCACUCCGGCCAGAGCUCAGCACCCAGCUUAAACAGGAGGGAGGGGUUUCCAUCCUCACAGCAGCCUUGGAGAGCUGCCUGGAGGUGCAGUGGAAGGACCAAUAUGAGUGCGUCUUGGACCCACAGGCACAGCCCAUCUCUCUGGAAACCUCUCAGCGCGUCACAGAGAUCCUCAAAAUUCUCUUCAAUAUCACGCACAGCACCCACAAGCAGGACCCAAGUGAGGAUGAUGCGGCUCUGUACCGACACCUGGUGGCGAUCCUGCGCCUCUGUCUGAUGAGGAAGUGUCUCCUGUCAGAAGACACAGAUGAACUGCAGGGUCACACAGUGAACCUGUUGUCAGCGCUUCCUCUGCAGUGUCUCGAUGUGUUGCUGACGGUGCCCCUGGAGCCAGAUUCAGAGCAGUGCGAGGGGGUCAACAUGGACUGCGUCCACACCCUGCUGAUGUUCAUGGAGAGACGCCUGGAGGCGGGAGAUAAGAUCAAAGAGAAGCUGACACCAAUCCUCAAUCUGCUGACGGAGAGCUGCAGGGCUCACAGAGAAACACGGCACUACAUCAGAAAAUAUAUCCUGCCUCCUCUGAGAGACGUAUCACAGAGGCCAGAGGAAGGCACCACAGUGAAGAGCCGUCUGAUUCGUCUUAUGACUCAUCUGGACACAGACCUCAAACACUGUGCCGCUGACCUCAUCUUUGUCCUCUGCAAGGAAAAUGUGAGGCGUUUUGUGAAGUAUACGGGUUACGGUAACGCAGCAGGUCUGCUGGCCACCAGGGGGCUCCUGGGAGGUCAGGGGCCCAGGACCUCUGAUACCCAGUACUCCAGCGACUCUGAUUCAGACACCGAGGAGUACCGGCAGGUCAGAGACCGCAUCAACCCGGUGACGGGGCGGGUGGAGGCAGUGCAGCCAGACCCUAUGGAGGGCAUGACAGAGGAGGAGAAGGAGGAGGAGGCCAAGAGGCUGAUCAUGCUCUUCAACAAGCUGUCCAGGUAA